AUGAGCCCGCCCCGCCAAGACAACGCCCACGAAGAGUCGCUGCAGCGCCUGACCAGCGAGCCCGCACCCAUGACGCUCGAAGACACGGAGCCCAAGAAGCCUGUGGCCAGCGCCGCAGCAUUGGGACGCUCCGGCACCCUCUCGUGGAAACAGCGGCCGCAGUCCGGCAGCUUGCGGCGCCCGCUGUCAAUGGCUUCGCGGUCGCCAGAGCGGUCGGGCAACACCUCCCCUACCAAAACAUCUGAGCCCUCAUCGCCAGAGCCCAGCACCUCGCGGACAUCCAUAGCUGCCUCGUUGGGCGCCAAGGACCCCUCGUGGUUCAAACAGACACCAGACAGAGGCGUUGGCUCGGCGGCGUACAGGCGCAGUCAGGACGAGGCUGCCUCCGACACCGGCUCGAUAUCGGGACGGCGACAGCUGCCCGGCAUGUCGCGCGAGUCGACCGUCGAGCCUGAGAUCCACAGCCCGCCCCCAGAGAGCAUGCGCUCCAGCUCGCCUGGGUCGCGUGGUGGCUCUGUGCGGGGGAGCGCUAUGCUGAACAACCGCUUCUCGACGAGCACAUCGAUAUCCUUGGGAGACGCAGACCCCGCCGCAAAGACACGGUCGCCGCUCCCGAUGCUCGACUCGCAAAAGUUUGCCCCGCCCUCUGAGCAGGGCUCUGCGGGAGACGCGGGAGACAGAGAGUCGCGUGCGCUCGCCAUGUCCCCCACGCAAGGGAGAAUAUCGCCCGAGCGUGAGCGGUCCGCAUCGCCCACCAAAGGCAUGGGAGGGUUCGUCCAGAGCGCCAUGCUGAAGCGCAGCGACAGCGUCUCCAAGAGAUGGAGCACGCAAACACCACCCACCCUCACCCGCCAGGGCUCCACCCUAAGCAACCGUGGCAGUGCCAUGUCGGGCUAUGUUACAAAGAGCACAGAGACCGAGCGAGCGCCCAGGGAAGAAUUCGUCAAGCCUGCACUCCCUCGUCAUAACAGGAGCAAGUCGGUCGCCUCAUCGUUCCACGACAAAGAUCAGUCUCACGACGAAACAUCUCCUCCCAGUCCUUCAAAGCGAUGGAGUCCUACCAAGUCGAGCUGGCUCGAGAGCGCGCUGAACAAGCCCGAGUCGCCUAAACUCAAGCAGCCACCUCCAGCACAACCUGCAUGGAUGGCCGAAAUCAACCGCAUCAAGCAGCAGCGCAGCAGCGUCGAUCUCGGCAGAACCAACUCUGCCGAGCCGUUUGGCUCUGGUCGGACAUCGCCCAUCAAGGACGUUCAGCUGAAGCCUGCAAGCCUUCGCAAGUUCGAGAUCCCCAAAAAGGAGUCAUCAUCUGAAUUGGACAAGAUUGGGCGGCCUUCGAGCCCUCUCAAGUUCGACACUCCAAAGAAAGAGCCAACUGUAGAUGUCGAAAAGCUAUCGGAGCCUUCACCAAGGCCAAUUUUCAGAAAGACGGAAGAGGCGAAUUCCGCAGAAGUGGAGGCGCCGGCAAAAGAAGAGUCUGUAGCUUCCACCAGAGAUUCCUCUAGAGUCGAAGAGGCGCCGGUGAAAGCUGCAAUUGAGUCCGCUGAGGUCAAACCUCUCAAAGCAUCCGGACCUCCACAGCCAUUGCCAAAAUCAAGGCCGGGCACCCCUCCCAAGAAGGAUUUCCGAGCUGGUUUGAAGCCCCGACAGCCGAUCGACGAUGGAUCCAAGAAGGGCGAAGUGACGGAGUUCCAAAACGUGUUCGGCAAGUUGAGGAAGGCAGAGACCAAGAACUACGUCGCACCCGAUGUGCUCAAAACCAACAUACUUACCGGCAAGAAUGCUCUCAACCAGACCGGUGGCCCAAAACCUACUGUGCGCCGCGAUGAAUUCAGAGAGAGCUUGAUCAAAAAGAAGUCAACAAUGCAAUUGAAAGCACAGGAGGAGGGCUCGGUUCUCAAGAAAGCAGACGCGCCAGCUGAAGCCGCCCCACCGCCCGAAGCCAUCGCCAGGAGGGGAACUCUGGGUCGCGCGGACAGUGUGUCAAAGCCUGCCCCUCUAGAGAAGCCGAAGCAAGCUACACCGGAGGCCCUCGCGAGGAAAAAGAGCCUUCGUGUGAUAAAGCCUGCCAUCGAUGAUAAACCUGUACAGCCUACUCUGUUCACACCCAAGGAACCAGCCAAGGCUAGCAAACUAGCUGAUCGUUUCAACCCAGCGCUGGCUGGUAUGCUUGCUCGUGGACCGCCUUCACUGACGACUAACAAGUCUACAUCAAGUGCUGAUGGGACUGAGUCACCGUCCAGGCCUGUCCAGGAGGAGAGAAAACCCGGACCAGCUCCGGAGCUACAACACAUGACCAAAGGCCGGGCGAAGGGACCGAAGCGGCGGCCAGCUGCCAAGCAGGCCAAUUCCGAGCCCGAGAAGAUGACCCCACAGAAGGUGACUCCAGAUGUUGCUGUUGUUCCUUUGGUGAAGCCUGAGCAUGUUCUUCCUAGCUCCGUACUUUCCAAGACUAACGGACCUUCAGAGGAGCUACCGUUGACGAAGACGCCCAGUAGACAAUCUAUCACCGGAAAGCCGGCCACGCCGGCAAAGUCCGCUCGAAUUUCGUCGGGACAAUAUGGCAAAUCCACGCCGGAGCCUUCCAAGAAGCCAGCCUCUUUGGAAAUGGACAGAGUGUCUGGAUCUCAGGAUGCCACAAUGAAGUCUCCUCGCCCGGAUUCCAUCUCCUCGCCACGGAUUGCGUCACCAGGUGUACCCAAAAAGCCCGCAUCGCUGGAUUCGGAGAGAAGAAGUCCCAAGCCGGAGGCACUACGAGAGAUCGAUCCCCCCAACGUUGAAGUCACCCCAGUGAAAAAUGAAACAUCACCAGAGAGGUCGUCCUUCGCCUCUGUCAAGAGUGCGACAGCUUUGUGGGGCAGACAGUCAGCAUCCUCCUCGCCAUUGGCAUCGCGGACGAAGACUCCAAUCAAGCUACCAACGAAAGCCGAUGAACAGGCAGCAAUGCAGGAUGCCGGACUUGUUCGAUCACCCGAGGCUUCUUCCGCCUCUAAGCCAGCGUCAAUUGCUUCUCCUAAAUCCAACCCCAUGUCUCCUGUAGCUUCAAAGCCUACGCCUGCAAAGCCCAAACCCACUGGUCUAGGAUUCAGCCUGAGCACACUGGGAAGCUAUCUGCCAGCAAGAUCACGGGAGUCUACCCCGCAGACUCCAUCGAACGACUAUCCUACCUCGCCUCCGUUGAGUGGAGGCAGACCUCAGUCCGAGCCAUUCAAAGGCACUACUCCGCCCGCAAAGCACGAUGGCUUGUUUGCAGAAUUCUUUGACGAUGCGCCCAUCACAGAAGGCCGACUUCCCGAGGCCAUCGACACCGUACGGAUCCUCAAGACACCCCCGAUUGACUUCGGACCCUCUGGCAAAAUCCGGACGCUGCGUAAGCAGAUCCAUGAAGUGACAGGCGAUGGCAAGCUUACUCCUAUUCCGGAGCAAGAGGAGCACAUCCUCUUCCAGGAUUCACUGUAUCUUUGCACUCACAUCUUCAGUGAUUCCAAGGGCGCUAAGCACACAGAUGUGUACCUCUGGGCAGGCAAUGGCGUUGCAGAACCCAUCAUCGAGGAUGUGCAACUUUUUGCGAAGAACCAUGCCAAACAGAACCAAGGCAGGCUCGUUACUGUUCGCCAAGGGCACGAGCCUCCCAACUUCUUCGAAGCAUUGGGCGGUAUUGUCAUCACCAGACGUGGAGCGAAGCCAGCUGCCAGAGAGUUUAUGCUUUGUGGCCGCCGACACAUUGGCCACCUUGCCUUUGACGAGGUCGAUCUGUCCCUCAAGAGCUUGUGCUCGGCGUUCCCCUACCUUAUCUCCGCACCAAACGGCAAAUUCUAUGUCUGGAAAGGUCGCGGCUGCUGUCCCGAAGAGCUAGCAGGAGCCCGCUUGAUGAGUAUGGAUCUCAAUCCCACGGGUGACAUUACCGAGAUCGACGAGGGCAAUGAACCACAAGACUUCAUCGAAGCCUUCCCGCCACCAGUCCUCCCAAACAAAGGCAAGGGCCCAGCCAUUCCACGCUCAGCUGAUCACUGGCGCUACAAAGCCACGUCCGAGAAGUAUCGCGCGCGACUGUACAAGAUCGAGCCAAACUCAGCAUCGUCCGGGUGGGGACAGGCACUCCAGGUGAGCAGCUCCUUCUUCGCGACGCUUCGCCGGCCCAGCUGGAGCGGAACAAACACUGAACAGAGGCCACAGACGCCAGUAACACCGGGAGUCGCCACAAUGAGCGUCAAGGAAAUCAUGCCAUUCUGCCAAAGGGAUCUGGAGCCAGAAACUAACGCCAUCUCCAGCAUCAUCGGCGCUUUAUCUCGCACGCAAAGCCAAGCGUUCUCCACCGCCCUCCUCUUCGCGCAGGAAUACGGCAUCCUCGCCGUCUCGGAGGAAGACCGGCCGUUUAUGCCCGUCACUACCGUAGUCAUGGAGGGCGUGCCCCGCGACAUGAAGGCUGUUUUCAGACACUGGGACGACGCGCUCAUCCCCGCUGCUGGCCUGAUGCGAGGCAAACUCGGCCGAGGCAAGAGUCUGCGUAUUGUCGGGCUGGACAAGGCUAUUGAGGCGACGAGGCGAUAG